AUGGGGACUGGAACAGGGGUGAGGGUGAAGGAGAACACAAGCCGGAAGGAUGGUGUUGGAGGAUUCAAAAUCCGCUUGCUUCAGAGACCUUCGGAAGCAGCCACACUCCGGUCGCAGCCGGCCUCGGGCCUGGGAGAAGCAGGCAGUGUUUACACCUGUCACGAGGAAGGGGGAGGGAAAAAGAGGAAGCCCCAGCAAAGCCCCAAACUUCUCGACAGCUCCAGAGAGGGAGCGGCCGGCCGGAGCUCUUUGGGCGCCGCCGCCGCCGCCGCCGCCGGCGUCCCCGCACCCGCCGCGGAAGAGGGCAAAGCCCAAGUCCGGAGCCCGCAGGCCCGCAGAGCCGGCACCGUCCCCGUACCCGCAGUUCCCGGCCCCGCGGCAGACAGGUGCUCCCGGCCCGGGCAAGGGUCCGGCCGGUGGGCUGGGCCAGGUCCCCGCACCCUCUUCCCCCCGCACGGCUGGAGAAGCGAAGCGGUGGCGCUUACCUGGCUCGUUCGGGGCGGCCGCGAUGGGCAUGGCUCAGGGGCCCGGGGAGGAACUGGCUCCCCGGGGAAGGACCGGCUAGUCCGACACGGAGCUGGUGAGAGCGGAAGGCAGACUGCUCACAGCCCUGUCAGCGAAGCAGCGCCAUGGACGCCCACCCGGAGUUUCAGCACUGUCGCGGGACCCCCAUCCCAUUACCCUCCGCCCUCUUCCGCCGCCGCCGCCGCCUCCACCUCCUCCUCCGCCGAGACCCCCCGCCCACUCCACACACUCUCCCAUCAUGCAGCGGGGAACCGCCGCUGCCGACACGUCACUUCCGGGCGCAGAACACCGACCACUGUGGCUUCAAGGAUUAUUGUUAUCGUUCGAGAUGAUGAUCCCAGGGAAGCUACCCUGCAAAUCAUGAGCCCUGCUGAGUGCCCGUUCUACUCACUUUUGCCAAACCUGCACCGGUAAUUUGAGUAAUUUAAAAUAGUCCAAAAACAGUAAAGCUCAGCAGCUACGCAAAGAAACAGGAUGGAAAACACUCCCUCAGCCACAGAGAAGUGUCCACCCCCUUGAGUGGAGAAAUUAUACAAAUCGGGGGGAAGAUAAGGACAAAAGCAGUUCAUCACGGUUUAUCCCGCCUCUGCAAUAUUCUAGACAAAUUAACUUGAAGCGCUAAAAUAGACCCGCAUUUGUCUUUUUACAGCUCAAUUGCCGUAAAAAAUACGGAGACUGCAUCACUUUAAAUUGGAGUACCAAUUGUUUUGUGGUGGUACUGGAUUUUUUUUGUUAUUGCUCAGUCACUAAAGAAAAAUCUAUAUGGCUUGUCAAAUUCCUAUUGUAUUUCGCCCCCUGCUGGUGUAGCUUGCGUGCAAGCUUGAAAAAAAUGUAUAGGUCACUAUAAAUGUUUAUUGACCAA